AUGGGUUGUAUUGUUGAAAAAAGUGAAAACGCAUUGGAAGAAGUAUACUUGUCAUGCUUAAAGAUAACAGCUCAAGGUCUUAUAUUCGACUAUGACUUGCUGGACCCCGAUCAAAAGAAAGAAAGACUUUUGAAAAAAGAUAGAAGCCUAGUAGGAAAUGACAAUACUUAUCUGGAAUGGUUGAAGGAUUUUGAAAAUAAUGAUAAGAACGAAUCAUACAAUCUUGGAUUACAUUAUCAAGUGGAUGAAAAUAAGGCAUCUAACUAUCAAAAGGCUACUGAAAAGAUUGGGCCAGAAAAACGGAUAUUCUUGAAGUUGGCGACAAUAAAGAAAUUGAAGUCGAAAUGGGGCAACGAUAGUAACGUUAAAUUGGAUGACAGCAAAGCUGAUAACGAUACGACAAUCGCUAGAGAAGAAAGUGGAACAUACGAUCUGGAAUAUUGUUAUCAACAUGGAAAUGAAAUAUUCCACGAUGUACACUGUGAUGAAAAAGGAUAUGUUGGCAAAAAGGAACUCAAUGGCUCUGUGGAACUCGAGUUAAAUGAUGAAGCCAAUGUAGAUGUAGAAGAUAUUGAUAAUUGUGUGGAAACUUUUAAAAGCAAGGAAAGAAGAAAGGAACGACAAUAG